AUGAGCGACAGUACUCUUAAUUCCAAUGUACAAGCCAAAUCCCAAGUUUCUGCUGAAGAGAAAGAACAACUAUAUAACCAUAUCAUCUGGGAGGGUACGAAGGCCGCCGCUGUGGCUGCGGGAGUGACAACGGCUGCCGUUGUUGCUGCAGACCGAACUUGGCCGGCGUUUAGACGCCUUCGUCUGCCUUUCAAAACGUUUCUAGUUCUGGGAGUGACAACAGGAACGUUCUUUACUGUGUCCGACCGUGCGUCGAUCAGAGUAUCACGUCAACUGGCUCAGCGCAUUGCAAUCCAUCCCCAACAAGCGGAAGCCGAGAUACGCCAACUGGAGCCAAUUACUGGCGUCCGCCAAUGGCUAAUUAAGCACCGGUAUCCUCUUGUCAUGGCGUUGUGGUCUGGAACACUAGCUGGUGCAUUCUUGUAUAACUGGCGUCGUCCAGACAUUCCCCCCGCCCAGAAGAUCAUCAAUGCACGUUUGGUGGCUCAGGUCAUGGCUCUUGCCGGUAUUGGCGGGAUUGCAGCGCUCGCCGCAACUGAUCCGCACGAGAAACAAGUUGAUCGACACUUUGAAGAGGUCAUGAACCAAGGACUCCAAGCUGUUAAAGCAGGUUAAAUCGCAUCAUUCAAAUCGGCCAAUCGCCAUUGUAUAUUUGCACCAUUGCGUGUGUGUUCGUAAUAGAUUGGCUUAACUCGCUCUUAAAACAAAGCCUGAUAGUUGGAAGGAGGUCUUUUAGAAAAAAAGAUUCGAUCGAAUACACUGUCCGGGAAUCGAACUCG